AUGGUCAAAGUUGAUGAUCAUAUCGGCGCCUUCUUUUCAGGCUAUCCUGACUUCGACUACGAGCCAACAAACGAAGUGUGGUCUGAGUAUCGUCGCCUAGUCAAGCAGUAUGGGUGGGAGCCCAAGAGCCGAGAAGAAAACGAAGCAAAUGGUGCUUUUCGAAUUGCAUUGGUGAAGCAAUUUGGAAGGAUAUAUGGGACCGACGAUAACAGGCUCGAGGUCCUUCAGCAGCUUUGA